GUGGGGACCGUCCCCUCAGCCGUCCCGCCCCGCCGCCGCGCUGCGCUCAUGGUGAUUGUGAAUCCCUGCGCGCGGAGUGGGGCAGCAGUAGCAGCACGAGCCGCCGCGCCGCGAGCUGCUGGCGCCUUCCCGCCGCGCCCGCGCGGGCCGGCCGUCGGGGCGCCCAGGUGUUGGUGGCUUCAGAGUCAUUUAGGGGUUUAGUUCUGAGGAAGUAGAGACACAAGAUUGAGUCCAUUUCACAUAGAAAGCUACAGCUCUUCACCAGUACCUUCCCGUCCCUCCUCUUCCCCCGUAGGGGAGGACAAUUUGGGAAUUAUUUUAACAGUCACUUACUCCCCCUUUGCCCCCUCAGAAAUCCAUCCUGGUCCCUGAGGCAUCCACUAGACAUUGCCCGUUGCAGGACCAGGAGAACGUUACCAUCACCACCAUCCCUUGCUGGCUUUGGGAGCCUCGGUAGUACCCUUCCCUCCUUCGGAGCGCAGUGCAGAGAGGCAUCCAGAAGACUUCCUUGCCACCCUUUCUGGUUAGUAGAGGAUCCAGGAAAAGGGGUACCGAGCAAGACACGUGACCUCGUUAAGGGAGCCAGGACUGAAGCAGCACUUGGCACACUAAAGGAAGCACCCAUCUUUAGUAUCUUUCCUCCGUCUUCCUCUCCCUCCUCACCAAAUUUCUGAAGUUCCAUUGAAAGGAAACUUUGAAGGCUGCAAGACAAGUCCAAGAUGUGCAGUUCAGUUGCUCCCAGGCUGUGGUUCUUAACAGACCGUCGCAUCAGAGAAGAUUACCCUCAGCAGGAGAUCUUGAGAGCACUGAAGGCCAAGUGCUGUGAAGAGGAGCUAGAUUUCCGGGCCUUGGUGAUGGAUGAAGUGGUGCUGACCAUUGAAGAUGGAAAUCUUGGUCUCCGGGUGAAUGGGGAGCUCAUUACAGCUUACCCGCAAGUGGUGGUUGUGCGUGUACCAACACCUUGGGUCCAGAGUGACAGCGAUAUCACAGUCCUUCGCCACCUAGAGAAGAUGGGCUGUCGAUUGAUGAAUCGUCCCCAAGCCAUCCUCAACUGUGUCAACAAGUUCUGGACGUUUCAAGAACUUGCUGGUCAUGGUGUGCCUCUUCCAGACACUUUUUCAUACGGUGGUCAUGAGAAUUUUGCCAAAAUGAUUGAUGAGGCGGAAGUGCUGGAGUUCCCUAUGGUGGUGAAGAACACGCGGGGUCACCGAGGUAAAGCUGUGUUCCUGGCACGAGACAAGCACCAUUUGGCAGACCUAAGCCAUUUGAUCCGUCAUGAUGCCCCUUACUUAUUUCAAAAAUACGUUAAAGAGUCCCAUGGCAAGGAUGUACGUGUCAUCGUAGUAGGAGGCCGUGUGGUGGGCACGAUGCUCCGCUGCUCAACAGAUGGGAGGAUGCAGAGUAACUGCUCACUUGGUGGUGUAGGGAUGAUGUGCUCACUGAGCGAACAAGGCAAGCAGUUGGCAGUCCAAGUGUCAAACAUCCUGGGGAUGGACGUGUGCGGCAUUGACCUGCUGAUGAAGGACGACGGUUCAUUCUACGUCUGUGAGGCCAAUGCAAAUGUAGGUUUCAUUGCCUUUGACAAGGCUUGUAAUCUAGAUGUAGCUGGUAUCAUAGCGGACUAUGCCGCUUCGCUCCUUACCCCCGGUCGCUUGACGCGGCGCAUGUCCUUGCUCUCUGUGGUGUCCACGGCAAGCGAGACUAGCGAGCCAGAGCUGGGCCCUCCAGCUAGUGCCGCUGUCGACAAUAUGAGUGCUAGCUCCAGCUCUGUCGACAGCGACCCUGAGACCACGGAGAGAGAGUUGCUCACCAAGCUCCCGGGGGCUCUAUUCAACAUGAACCAGCUAUUAGCUAAUGAGAUCAAGCUUCUUGUGGAGUGAUGCCACAUGUAAAUAGAUGACCAACAGAACUCUCUCUUGUAAAUUUUUGUUUUUUUAAACCAACUUGCAAUGCUGUUUAUCAGACAAGCUCAGAGGAAUGAGGGGGGGUGGGGGUGUGUGUGUCAAUCAAGAGCAGAAGGCACGUGUGCUGUGAUUGCUGCCCCUACUUUUUUGCAGAACAUAAAAUUGUGUUCAUUCUUCAGCAUCAGUUUUUCUAAUGAAGAUGCUUAGUUCACAAUCUAAGUGGGUGUUUUAUUUGGAUGCUGCUUUGGUCCCCAGACGUACUGCAGUUCAUGUAUGUUCACAGGCAAGCAUUGAAGCAUGAUUCACACUUGAAGAUUUUCAGAAAGCUGUCUGGCAGCUCUCUAGAAACUUCUGUGAAUUACUGCACCAGUUAAGUCUCUUCUACCUCUGUAAGGCUUGAUCCUGUAAAUUGCCAAGUGCCUGAAAUUCUCAAUGUGAGUUGAAGGUGUUAAAUACCAGGUAUUUCAAAGUUCCUGGAGACCUACUGUUUCUACUCUUGUAGAUGGGAGCUGUAAGUUCAGGAUCCUUCUCAAGUCAUCAUUUUCUGACCUUGCAGGAUAUGGCCUUUCAAAUGAUGAGGCUGAGAGAAGUAUCAGUUGACUUAACAUGAGCUUUCUGUACAAAUCUGUAAUUUGUCCCAUCUUGGUAUUAAUUGGCAGCUUUGUGUCUGCAUUUCUUUUUAAAGCUUUUGAAGGAGGAUUUUAGUACUUUUCUCAUUUCAAAUCCUGAUUUUGGAAGGUAUGUAGGGGAAUUGGUCAUAUUCUAUUUAUGGCAGAAGUGGCACGUUUUAACUAUUUUUUGCAUGAUUGGAGGAGAUAAACAGCACUGUAAUGUUUGGUAUACAAAAUAAUGUUUAAUCCAAUGUGAAAAAGAAUUACACUAGUUUAAAGCAAACGUGCAUCGACUUGUAUUUGUUAGUGUUUUAGUCUUUUUGAGAGAGAUCUGCAAUGUUAAUGUUCCUUUUUCUUUAAUACAUCUCGUCCAACA